AUGCAACUCGCUUCCAUCCUCCUGAUCUCCGUUUUCCUUGCCUUGGCCAAUGCCAACGCUCACACUGGCUACAGCGGACAUGGCACCUACAGUAGCUACGGAAAUCUAGGCUACGGGAACUACAAGCAUCACGGAGCUUACAGCCACUACGGUAAAACGUACUUCGGCAAAGACGGUUACGGCUACGGUGGUUACGGUCAUGGCUACGGUGGUUACGGUCAUGGUCAUGGCUAUGGUCACGGUUAUGGUCACGGUUAUGGUCAUGGCUACGGUCAUGGCUAUGGACAUGGCUACGGUGAUUUCGGUUACGGACAUGGCUAUGGACAUGGUCACGGACAUGGUUAUGGCGGUUACGGACAUGGUUAUGGUGGCUACGGACACGGCUACGGACAUGGUUAUGGUGGUUACGGGCAUGGAUAUGGAGGAUAUGGCGGAUAUGGUCACGGCUAUGGUCAUGGUUAUGGCUAUGGCAAAUACUAG